CCAAAUAACCCUUAGACCUACCCACAGGAAUUCAUUCCACAACAUGAAGAACUAUGACUUCGACUCGCUGCUUCGUAUCAAGUGCAUCGCAAAUGGUUGGGAUCUUCCAAUUAUCAUCUACGGGCGGGUCUUCUCGCUAAGUUGUCUACAGUAUGUGGCCGUUAUCUUCCGAAACAAAGGGCAAGUGCAUGCGUACUUCGUUGAGAUCCACAUCACCGGACUGGCGGACAUUCAGAGUCGAGUGUGUGAGGCCAUCAUCACGCUGGUUUUGGAGGGCGGAGUGCUUCCUGAACCGUAUCUAGUUUUGAAGGUUAAGCAUGAUUCAAUGAAACUGGUUGGUUCUGUCUCGUCGCUAUCGCGUCCGAUUCUCAAUUUGGCACAUGACGUGAAUGGCGCACUGGAGCUAUUCUGGAACGAAAUAGUAGAUCUCUGCGCGGCGGCCAAUCAACUUAUCAAGUACUCUUUUGACGAUCUCCACACGAUCUAUAUGCGAGAACUACUCAGCGGUCUACCGUUCGCCUAUCUGGAAUCAAUCCAACUGAACGAUCGCAUCAUCGGAUGCCUUGACCAGUCCUUCCGUCGUCGACCACCACUCAAUCGCAAACUGGAUAAUCGCGAAAUUAUCUUCGUCCUGUGCGAUCAGUACUCCCUGACAAAUUACAAUUUCUCCAAGAAGAAUAACUACAUAGCGGAAAAGUUGUCGUCGAUGGAAAAUGUCGGAAUUGCCUCGUUCAAGUUCAAGAUACUCCCGAUGCUACCGUCUCGUUUCGUUCAAGCCAGCUUCGGACGUGAGCAGAAGAUCGAUGCGGUCUACUUCGGACUGAACCCGUACUCGUUCAUCGAGAUGGAACACACCAAGAACAAUUAUGUCUACCAACAGUACCAUGUCCCCUUCCACGGAAGCCAACUGCCAAUGAAUCCUAACAUUCCGCCACCACCGCUGGGACCGGUCCAUCAUAUGGGCCCAUCGAUGUUUAACCCAGUUUCUGCCCCACCUGGGUUCUACGGGGAUGCGCUUCAGUUGGCAGCUGCCAUGCAACAGCUCGGGUUCGGUAACAGUCCCUUGCCACCUCAGGCCUUCUACGGGUCGCCAACUGUAGUGCCACCAGCAUUGCCCGCAGGUACGACUUACUAUUGGGGAUAAACGAUGGUCCUCCUGGUCAUCGAUUUUGAUACUGAUUUUACUGAAAUUUUUGAAAAUCGUUUUACUUUCGGAAAUUUUUUUGAUUAUGUUUAAGCGAAUUGUUAUCACUGUUUUUAUUUGAUUUUUUUAAUGUUACUUUUAAAAGUUUUAAACCACAUAUAAGGAAACUUAAAUAAGUAAGCAAAUAUGUUAAGAGCAUUUUUGAAA